CUUAAACACAUUUUAACAGCUGCACAUUGCCUUCGUUAUGAUAAAAAGAAAUUAAUUUUAUGUCGCUUAAUAUAAUAAUUUUAUAGAAGAAAGUGUAGAGAACCUGAAAUUGUAACGGCCCUUUUGGGCGGUAACCAAAUUUCAUCAAUGACCCCCUAUAAUGUGAGUUGGAUUAUUCAUCCGAAAUAUAAGGAAACAUGUAUGAGCGGGGGGCUGGAAGCAGAUAUUGCUUUGUUGCUUCUACCAACACACGUAGAAUUAUCAAAAACCAUCAGGCCAAUGUCAUUGCCUCCUAAAUCGGCCACAACCAAGCAAAUGGAAGGUGCCAGAGCGGUAGUUUGCGGUUUUGGUAUGGACGAAAAUGGCGGAUAUCCUGAAUAUCUUAAAGCCGUAGACAUUACAAUUGAAAAUAAAGUAUUUUGCCAAAAACAUCACACUGCGUCUGAUAAAAUUUGUGCCAGGAUUCAGAAUAAGGAAACUGACUGUGAUAGAGAUAGUGGCGGACCUGUAGUUAUAAACAAUACAUUAUAUGGUCUUGUAUCUCAUGGAGCGAAUGUAAAAAAAUUUACAAACUCGCCUUUUAGUGCUUAUACGAGUAUUAUUUAUUAUAGAAACUGGAUAUUGGAAAUGAUAGGUAAAGAAUAAAUCAAAGUUAUUCUUGAGUUCUUUGUAUUUUUCCAUAUUUAUAUGUCUUAGUUGUGCUAUAAUAAAGAAUAUUAAUUAA